AGGACGUUCCCCGCGGCCAGAGCCAUGGAUAUGCCGCUGCCGCCCGAUGACCAGGAGCUUCGGAAUGUCAUCGACAAACUGGCCCAGUUCGUGGCUCGCAAUGGGCCCGAGUUUGAGAAGAUGACUAUGGAGAAGCAGAAGGACAACCCGAAAUUCUCCUUCCUUUUCGGAGGCGAGUUCUACAGUUAUUACAAGUACAAGCUGGCGCUGGAGCAGCAGCAGCUCAUUUGCAAGCAGCAGGCCCCCGAGCUGGAAACAGCUGCAGCCCUACCACCUCUGCCACAGCCCCCUCUGGCCCCCACAGCACCUAUCCCACCUGCCCAGGGUGCCAUGUCCAUGGACGAGCUCAUACAGCAGAGCCAAUGGAACCUGCAACAGCAGGAGCAGCACUUAUUGGCCCUACGACAGGAGCAGGUGACAGCGGCUCUAGCCCAUGCAGUGGAGCAGCAGAUGCAGAAGCUCCUGGAGGAGACUCAGCUGGACAUGAACGAGUUCGAUAACCUGCUCCAACCUAUCAUCGACACAUGCACCAAGGAUGCCAUCUCGGCUGGCAAGAACUGGAUGUUCAGCAAUGCCAAGUCGCCACCACACUGUGAGCUAAUGGCUGGCCACCUGCGCAACCGGAUCACGGCAGACGGGGCACACUUUGAGCUGCGGCUGCACCUCAUCUACCUCAUCAACGACGUGUUGCACCACUGCCAGCGCAAGCAGGCGAGGGAGCUUCUGGCUGCCCUGCAGAAGGUGGUGGUGCCCAUCUACUGCACGAGCUUCCUGGCCGUGGAGGAGGACAAGCAGCAGAAGAUUGCCCGGCUUCUGCAACUCUGGGAAAAGAAUGGCUACUUCGACGACUCUAUCAUCCAACAGCUGCAGAGCCCGGCCUUGGGGCUGGGUCAGUACCAGGCAACACUCAUCAGUGAGUACUCAUCGGCAGUGCAGCCGCUGCAGCUGGCCUUCCAGCAGCAGAUCCAGACCCUCAAGACCCAGCAUGAGGAUUUCGUCAGCAGCCUGGCCCAGCAGCAGCAGCAGCAGCAGCAGCAACAGCAGCAGAUCCCGAUGCCUCAGCUGGAUGCAGACGUCAAAGCCACACCACCACCAGCUGCCCCUCCACCGGCCCCUGCUCCCACCCCAGCCAUCCCACCCACCACGCAGCCAGAGGACAAGCAGCCCCCCAUUCAGAUACCUGGCUCUUCCGAGUACGAUGCAUCAGGAGGGGUUCAGGACCCUGCAGCUGCUGGUGCCAGGGGCCCCAGGCCCCAUGACCAGAUCCCGCCCAACAAGACCCCUUGGUUUGAACAGCCUCACCCUGUCGCUCCCUGGGGUCAGCAGCAGCCUCCAGAACAGCCCCCGUACCCGCAUCACCAGGGUGGGCCACCUCACUGCCCACCCUGGAACAACAGCCAUGAGGGCAUGUGGAACGAGCAGCGUGGAGGUGACCCCGGCUGGAGUGGACAGCGCGAGGCGCCCUGGAGUGGACAGCCAGAGCCUGGCUGGAGUGGCCAGUUCGAGGGCCCCUGGAAUAACCAGCAUGAGCAGCCACCCUGGGGUGGUGGGCAGCGAGAGCCCCCCUUCCGCCUGCAGCGCCCACCUCCCUUCCGAGGACCCUUUCCCCCACACCAGCAGCACCCGCAGUUCAACCAGCCGCCACAUCCCCACAACUUCAACCGCUUUCCGCCACGCUUCAUGCAGGACGACUUCCCCCCUCGCCACCCCUUUGAGCGGCCCCCCUACCCACAUCGCUUUGAUUACCCCCAAGGUGAUUUUCCGGCAGAGAUGGGGCCACCACAUCACCACCCUGGCCACCGCAUGCCACAUCCCGGGAUCAAUGAGCACCCCCCCUGGGGUGGGCCUCAGCACCCUGACUUUGGACCUCCACCCCACGGCUUCAAUGGGCAGCCUCCCCACAUGCGACGGCAGGGCCCCCCCCACAUCAACCAUGACGACCCCAGCCUGGUGCCCAACGUACCCUACUUCGAUCUGCCUGCGGGGCUAAUGGCCCCCCUGGUGAAGCUGGAGGACCAUGAGUACAAGCCGCUGGAUCCCAAAGACAUCCGCCUCCCACCCCCGAUGCCGCCCAGUGAGAGGCUCCUGGCUGCCGUGGAAGCCUUUUACAGCCCCCCAUCGCAUGACAGGCCUAGGAACAGUGAAGGCUGGGAGCAGAAUGGCCUCUAUGAGUUCUUCCGAGCAAAGAUGCGGGCCCGGCGGAGGAAAGGCCAGGAGAAGAGGAACAGUGGACCGUCACGGUCAAGGAGCAGAUCCAAGAGCCGAGGGCGCUCCUCCUCUCGAUCCAACUCGAGGUCCUCCAAGUCGUCUGGCUCCUACUCACGCUCUCGGUCCCGCUCCUGUUCCCGGUCCUAUUCCCGCUCCCGGUCUAGGAGCCGGAGCCGCUCGAGGUCUUCACGAAGCCGGUCACGGUCCAGGUCCCGCUCCCGGUCCAAGUCAUACUCCCCUGGCAGGAGGCGUCGGUCUCGAUCUCGGAGCCCAACUCCACCUUCCUCGGCUGGUCUGGGUUCUAACUCUGCACCGCCUGUCCCCGACCCCAGGCUAGGAGAGGAGAACAAGGGACACCAGAUGCUGGUGAAGAUGGGCUGGAGCGGAUCUGGUGGCCUCGGCGUGAAGGAGCAGGGUAUCCAGGACCCCAUCAAGGGCGGAGACGUGCGGGACAAGUGGGACCAGUACAAGGGCGUGGGCGUGGCGCUGGACGACCCCUACGAGAACUACCGCCGGAACAAGAGCUACUCCUUCAUCGCCCGCAUGAAGGCCAGGGACGAGUGCAAGUAGUGGCC